CUUUUUGCUUCACAUUAACGUAAGACUAGUGUGGAUCAGCUUUAAACAAACUUGGAAUACGUAACACCGUACAAAAAAAAAUUCUUGAUCUUACAUUAUCAUGGGAGAGGUUUAUGAGGCUUUUGAUGCGGAACUUCACUUAAAAUAUCAGACCGGAAAGGAAAAAUUACUCUUUUUUUUUGUUUUGUUACAAAUUUUACGUAUAUAACUACUGCCGACUGGAAACUAACAUGUCAGAGAGAACAGCCAUUGAUUCAAAUUACGAACUUUGCACCCUUUGCACCUGUUCCUUUUCUAAAUAUUCAUCCCCACCACCGUGAGAGGGCGGCCCUUGCGGAUAGUUGGAAGAAGUGAAGAGUAUAUUGGAGUGUAUUUAUUUCACCAGUCUUUCUAUUUACCGAGCACAAUGCUGGACUCUCAACGUAAAUUGUUACAGCCCGUAACAAUGGAUAAAUGUUCAAUACUGAAGUCGUGCACUUUCAUAUUUUGGCACAUUUUUGUGUAUUAUUGAAUAUAAUAAAUACUUCCACUGCUCGAAUAUUGAAUAUUGAAGUCGUGCAGUUUCAUAUGCCGGUACAUUUCUGUGUAUUUUUGAAUAUAAACCUCCACUGCUCGAAUAUUGAUUUCUGUUUGUAGUGAUAUCUGUGAGUUUCUACAACAAAAAGCGCAGACAAUACGAGAGUGUGAUGAUUACUGAAGUUACUGUUUACUGGGUUUCUCCAAAAGAGCAGAUUCGAAUGAUGGGUCCAUGUGUGAGAAUUAACAUGACUUGUUAUCGGAAGGAUAUAGGUUAUGGCAGUAAUUGACUUCAAAAUACCGACAAUAACCAUUUGAAGAAAUAACAACUGUUCAUCAUAGAGCAGACUGUUAUGCCUGUAAUAUUACUAUGACAGUCUGUAGUAUGAUACCAGUUCUUCUGGUGUGGAAGAAAAAUAAUGCUCACAUCAGUGAACGAAUGAGUACAUGGAUCUCAUUUGGCAAUUGUAUAGCAGGUGGUGUGUUUCUAGGAAUGUGUUUCCUAGGACUCUUUCCAUAUGUUCAUGAGAAGUUCACAGAAGUGCUCAGUAAUGCAAAGAUCACAACUUCAUUCCCUCUUUCAGAAUUUGUAAUUAUAAUUGGAUUCUUUUUUAUAUUUGCCGUGGAGCAUUUAAUUAUUACCACACGUAGCAAGAUAGAAAUGGAAGCACUUCCAAGUGAAGAGACAGUUCGAAUGUCUCAUGCUGGAAUCAGUAGAGAUUCACGGCAGAUGUGCGAGGAUGAAUCCUAUGUGAGACUUCUAGAGUUGGAUGGCCAAGACCAAGAUCUAUGUGAAGGUGAAAUAUCAGUGUCAGAACCAUCACUACCAGUACCUAACUUUCACUGUGGGCCAAGUGGAACACAAGGCUUGCAAUCUGCAGGAAUGACUCACUAUGCCCAUUGUGAUAUGUCAUUUGCUCUUAGCAAAGCUACAGGACUUCGACAUUUAAUAUUGUUACUGGCUGUGAGUAUUCAUUCUCUAUUUGAGGGUGUGACACUAGGGCUUCAAACAAAUCCAGUCAAGGUAUUCCACCUGUUUUUAGCUGUAUUGUUUCAUGAAAUGUUAGUUGCUCUUGCUUUAGGAGCUAAUAUAGCAAAACUGAACCUGAGUCUGUUGAAUAGUUUGAAGUAUAUCUUGAUUGUCACAGGCAGUAUACCAGUGGGCAUAUUGCUGGGGCUCCUGAUUAGAACAGCUCCAGGCUUGCUAGGAGCAUUUGUUUCUGCAUUUCUUCAGGGCAUUGCUGCAGGAAUAUUUAUUCAUGUUACUUUUAUGGAAAUUAUUCCAGAAGAAUUAUCCGGAGAAAAGAGUCGACUAGUGAAAAUAAUGUUUUUCUUUGCUGGUUUCAUGAUAAUGGCAGUGGUAAAUUUUGUUUUGGGAGAUCAUUGAAACUGCAUACAUGAUAUCUUUUGAUAAUAGUGACUUGCAAGAUCUGAGGCUAGCUUUGAUGAAGUCUUCUUCAGUUUGUUUGGAGUGAUGUAUAUUAGAUUUUCUUAGGAUGAUAAUGUGUACGGGCUGCUCCCUGUGUUGAUGAUGCUGCUAUGUUGUAGUGAACCGCUCCAAAUAAACAACCUGUUGGGUGACAUACAGAAUAACGAGCAUAAGCUCCACAAGAGGAUAGCGAGGUCAAGACCACAUGACCUGACUUAUGUGAGAAGAUCCUGAUACACAGGCACCCCACACCGCAGUCACUUCUACCACCAGAAAAUUGCAUCAGCACAUAGCGGUCAUAAAGUUUUAAAGAGAUUUAUUGCAAAAUAUUUCAUUUCCAUUUUAGUACAGUUUUAAUUUCUAUGUUUUAAUCUC